ACUUCUUGCCGGAGUCGUCCCACUGUGAGGUGUCGUGAGGAUCCACUUCCCCUGUGGACGUUCGUCCACAUGUGCACUAGAUGGGAGUGUUUUGUAACCGGCCAGACCAGUUCGACUAUUCCCAUUUCAGCCACUAAGGGGCGCGCUUUCUGCUCGUCGUAGUCCGUGCGCGACUUCGACGUGAGCGAGAUUAUUCAGCUGAAUGUAAAUGCUAGCGUGACGAUGCUAAGCUAGCUGUCAGCCAGGGAUCCACGGCUUUGCUGCAGACUUCGCUACCGGAUGCUCCUGGACGCGUCUUCCUGGCCGUCUUGACAUUCCCUCAAUAUUCCUGGACGAAUUCGUGUCGACUGACCAGAGUCCGCGAAUUCAGGUCCACUCCCGACACAACCGCUCCCCGCUAGCGAUAACAUAGCUCGCCGGCUAUCGAGAGUGCACACUCGGAGAACCGGACUGACGAGAGUUCAGCCUAAGGACCACACCCAGACAAGAUGUCCCUUCAUCAGUUUCUGUUGGAACCCAUCACCUGCCACGCGUGGAACCGCGACAGGACACAAAUUGCCAUCAGUCCUAAUAACCACGAAGUUCACAUCUAUAAGAAGAGCGGCAACCAGUGGGUGAAGACCCAUGAGCUGAAAGAGCAUAAUGGACACAUAACAGGUAUUGACUGGGCUCCCAAAAGUGACCGUAUCGUGACAUGUGGAGCAGACCGUAAUGCCUAUGUGUGGUCCCAGAAGGAGGGGGUGUGGAAGCCCACACUGGUCAUCCUCAGGAUCAACCGUGCUGCCACCUUUGUCAAGUGGUCUCCGCUGGAGAACAAAUUUGCAGUCGGCAGUGGGGCCAGACUCAUCUCUGUCUGCUACUUUGAGUCUGAGAAUGACUGGUGGGUGAGCAAGCACAUCAAGAAGCCAAUACGCUCCACCAUCCUCAGUCUCGACUGGCAUCCUAACAAUGUUCUGCUGGCUGCUGGAUCCUGUGACUUCAAGUGCAGGGUUUUUUCAGCCUACAUUAAGGAGGUCGAGGAGAAACCAGGCCCCACUCCCUGGGGCAGUAAAAUGCCAUUUGGAGCUGUGCUAGCAGAAUUUGGAGGAGCAGGCGGAGGGGGUUGGGUCCACUCUGUCUCGUUCUCGGCCUCUGGUAACCGCCUGGCCUGGGUCAGCCAUGACAGCACGGUCACUGUGGUAGACAGCUCCAAGACUGCCAGUCCUUCACAGCUGAAGACGGAGUUCCUUCCUCUCCUCAGUGUCAUUUUUGUUUCAGAGAACAGUCUAGUAGCUGCGGGCCAUGACUGUUGCCCCAUGCUGUUCCGUUGCGAUGACGGUGGAACGCUGACGUUUGUGUCAAAGCUCGACCUUCCCAAGCAGAGUAUCCAGAGGAACAUCUCUGCCAUGGAGCGCUUUAGGAACAUGGACAAGAGAGCCACCACUGAGGACCGCAACACUGCCCUGGACACACUCCACCAGAACAGCAUCACCCAAGUGUCUAUCUAUGAGGGAGACAAAAGGGAUUGUCGCAAGUUCUGCACCACAGGUAUCGACGGAGCGAUGACUAUUUGGGACUUCAAGAGUCUAGAAGCUUCUAUCCAGGGUCUCCGCAUCAUGUGAAGAAGUCUUGUGAAUGAAUGAAGAGACGCUGCGGCCUCACUUCUUGUUCCUCGCCAUCUCUGUCCUCACCCCUCCUCCCUUUCCACCUCACGCCCCACCGCUCCUGCGACGCAGCCAGUAACACACACAACUGACCUUAUUGAGUGUCUGCUGAAGCACUGAUAAGCCCAUAACACACUGUCGCGGGCUGUGUGUUACACUCGCACACUAAAAUACACAAUCACGCAUACACUACGCACACAUACACACUGAGCUGACGUGUGACAUUACUGUUGAUUUUUUUUGUUUGUUUUUAAAUGAAGGUUAACCAGGUGUCAAAGUGGGAAGGUCCUCUGACACGUAUUAAACGUGACGUGAAAUGUGUGUUUUUAUGUUCUCUAACCUCCUUUACCAAAAGUUGAACACUAAAGGUGCGUUUUAUCCAAAAAUCGGACUGUAUUUCACCUCAGAUUAACCUCAACAUUGACCUCUGAACUAUCAGUGUUUUGGUACAUCACAGGUCAUGGCCUCUCUUCCUGGAGGGUUUUAAUUAUUUUCCAGCUGGUGAAGCCAUUGUUGAGAUUAGCAUCUUCUGAUAUUCUGAGGUCAUGUUGCUGGUUGGCUGUAAAGAGCAGUACAGGAUCUGAUGGUGGAGAGAGAAAGCAGCUGUCUUAACUCUGUGCGGAGUCACGGCUGACCAGCAUUAGGCUCUGUAGCUACUGAAACCACGAGAUGGAGGAUUUCUAUGUAACUGAUCAUGAGGUAGACAUGAAAUAAAGACAAAAUACAUUUACAGUACACAA